CCCUCUCCCUGGGCCUCUCUCUGGCCUGGGAAUGACUUGCUAGCAGUGCCACCUCCCUGCCGUCCGGGCCGUCAUGGCAGCUCGCCUGGUGAAGCGAUGUGCCUGCCUCCUGAGAGAGGCCGCCCACCUAGCCCCUGCUGGGCCUCCGGCCGGCCGCCUGAGCCUGGCCAGGGUGGCCCGAAAGACACUGACUUCCUCAGCUACCUCACCCAGUUCCCACUUGCCAGCUUCCUCGUCACAGCACCUGGAGAAGGAGCAGGCGAUCACCCCCUACCCGGAGCGCCAGGGGGUGGACGAGCUCAUCAGGAAGGCCACUGGGCCAGAGGAGCUCCUGGAGCUGCUGGGUGGUGGCCACGGCCUGCAGCAGGACCAGGCGGCCCUCGUGGUCAUCAGGCUCUCUCGCCUGCUGUCCGAGAAGCCAGAGGACAGAGCCUUGCUCGUGCAGGACGCCCGCUUUCAGCAGCUUCUCCAGCUCGUCAACAGUCAGAUAACCGCCGUCUGGCACGGGACUCUCGUGAAGCUGCUCCGGAGCCUCUACACGCUGGCGCUCCCCGCCACUUCCAAGGAGCUGCUGUCGGUGGAGCAGGAGGUGCGCUGGCGCAUGCGCAGGCUCAAGUUCAAGCACCUGGCCUUCCUGGCCGAGUCCAGCGCCGCCUACAUGCAGGAGCGGGGCUCCCGGGAGCUGCUGGCCGAGCUGCUGCUGAACCUGGAGCGGCGCUGGGUGGAGGUUGAGGACGGCCGCACGCUGGUGGCCCUCCUGACAAAGGCGGGGUCCCUCUCGGAGUCGCUGAUGAACCACCUGGAGGACAAGUGCCUGGACCUGGUGGAGCAGUUCCGCCCGGAAGAGCUGCAGAGGGUGCUGGUGGCGCUGGCGGCUCAGAACCGGCGGUCUUUGCCCUUGCUGCGGGCCAUCUCCUACCACCUGGUCCAGAAGCCCUUCCCCCUGACCAAAGGCGUCCUCCUGGACCUGGCCUAUGCCUACGGCAAACUCGGCUUCCACCAGACCCAGGUGUUCCAGCGCCUGGCCGCCGACCUGCUGCCCCACGUGCCCAGCCUCACAUCCGGCGAGGUGGCCCGCUGCGCCAAGUCCUUCGCCCUCCUCAAGUGGCUCAACCUGCCCCUGUUCGAGGCCUUUGCCCAGCAUGUCCUCAGCAGGGCCCAGAGCAUCGCCAUGUCAGACCUCUGCAACGUGCUGCUGGCCUUCGCCCGCCUGAACUUCCGUCCAGAGCAAGAGGAAGCGUUCUUCAACCUGGUACACGAGAAGCUGGGGAGUCAGCUGGCCGACCUGGACCCGGCCCUGCAGGUGGACGUGCUGUGGGCCCUGUGCGUGCUGCAGCAGGCCCGGGCGUCGGAGCUGCAGUGAGGGCGGGGGUCCGUCCUCCGUCCCCCCCUCACGGCACCUCUUCCCUUAGGUGACAGGUCCCCGAGGGGUCAGAGCACCUUCCAGAAGCUGCUGCACAUCAACGCCACGGCCCGGCUGGAGCACCCCGAGUACACGGGCCCCCUGCUGCCGGCCUCGGCCUUGGACCCCGGGCCCCCGGCCCCUGAAAGGAAGGUGACGCCCCUGCAGAAGGAGCUGCAGGAGACCCUGAAGGGGCUGCUGGGGGCAGCUGACCGGGGCCGCUUCUCCGUGGCCACGCAGUAUGGCUGGGUUCUCGACGCAGAGGUGCUGCUGGACGCCGAAGGCCAGUUCCUGCCCCUGAGGGACUUCGUGGCCCCUCAUCUGUCCCCGCCCUCGGGUGGCCAGCUGCUGCCGCCUACGGCCAAGAGGCUGGCCUUCCUGCGCUGGGAGUUCUCCAGCUUCACCAGCCGCAGCAAAGACCUGCUGGGCCACUUUGUGCUCGCCCGACGCCACGUGCUGGCUGCCGGCUUCCUGGUGGUGGACGUCCCCUACUACGAGUGGCUGGAGCUCCGGUCCCAGUGGCAGAAGGCCGCCUACCUCCAGGACAAGAUGCGCAAGUCGGUGGCAGAGGAGCUGGCCAAGUGACCUGCCUGCGUGGACUGUGCCCGGGGCCGCGUUCCCGGGGGCCCAGACGCGGGCCCGGGGCUGCAGGUGGCAAUGAGGACGGACGUGCAGGGCCUGGGCCACCGGCGCUGCGUGCCCUGCCCUCUCGUGGGAAAUAAACCUUUAACUUUGGUUUUCACACCAGGA